AUGCAACACCAGUCUCCCAAGGAACCAGAUUUCCUGUCCCCUAUGGAGUAUGUGGCAGCCCCAGGCCCCAGGCUAGGGGUCCCACUUCAAGCCACAGAGAAUGUUGUUCCAGGAGCUGAGGACUGGCUACCAAGAAUUUCUGGGGACCCAACCUGGGCCACCAGCCUGGAGACAGAGCUUCUAUCAGAUUUGAAGCUGAAUGAGGAACAGAGGCUGCAGAUCUCCAAGGAACUAGUUGACCUUCAGAUUGCAAACCAUCACCUGCGAGAGCAGCACGAGGCUGAAGUCUUUGAGCUAAAAAGGGAGGUUCUUCAGCUGGAGAGCCGAGUGCUGGAGCUGGAGCUACAUGGAAAUGGUACCAGCCAGAGGCACAGAAUCCAAAAAGAGACCAACCCGGGGUGCCACCAUAUACCACAAGAAUUCGGUAGAGAAGCUCAAAGGCCUGAAUAUGCCAGCCAGCAAAGACUCCAGGUGCAGUUCAAGAAUGUCCAGCCCCCUGAGCCUGAGCAGCUGAAGCUGGGGAGCAAUCCAUCUGGAGGCCAGCAGCAGCUGCAGGAAGAAGUGAAAUGGGUUCUGGAGCAUCACAGAGCUAGGCAGCAGGCACUGGAGACACAAGUGGAAGCCCUGGGCCAGAAGUUGCAGGGAGCCCGAGAGGAAGCCAGGACAGCUGGUCAGAGACUGGCUGCACAAGCCAUGGUGCUGUCUACCUGCCAGGGUCAGCUCCGACAGGCUGAGGCUGAAAAUGCUCAGCUGCAGCUACAGCUGAAGAAGCUGAAUGAGGAGUAUGCUGUGCGACUGCAGCACUACGCCAAAAAGACAGUGGAGACUACCACUGACACAGACCAGGCAGCCCUUCGGAUGUACCUGGAGGCCACUCUGCAAGACAUUCGGUUAGCACACCGCAGCCGAGAGCAACAGUUGGCCCAGGCUGCCAGGACAUAUCGAAAGCGCCUGGCAGAUCUGAGCCGGAGGCAGGAGUUGUUGCUAACCACCUGCAGGGCCACUUUUGCAACAGCUGCUGACCUGGAGCCACUGUCCAUGCACUGGGCCACCGAACUCUGCCACUUGUGGGAGGAUGAGCAUAGUCAACAUGGGACCUUGCUCGUGUGCCCAGAGAAGGAACCUGGAGGAGCCUCCAAGAGGGAAAAGUCACAGCCACUGGCCUUGGACACUGCAUCCUGGGCCCAGAUCCAGCAGAAGUUGCAGGACUUCUCCCAAGAUACCCAGGCCAAACUGGAACGCGAGCGAGCAUGGUUGCUGGUCCGGGCCACCAUGGCUGAGCAGCAGCUUUCUGAGCUACAGGAGUAUGUGGAUCAGCACCUGGGCAGGUAUAAGCAGGAAAUCCUGAAGCUGAGGAAACUGAUAGGUACAGGGAACCCCUGGAAAGUAGAAGUCAUGCCUUCCUCCAAGCCCAGGCACCCAAGGACUCAGAGCCGCUAGCUGGUCUUCUAGAGAGCACAAAGCAAACUUUUUCACAGUCAGCAUGGAACCCUCUGCACACCCCAUCAUGUGGAGUCA